AUGGAAAAAGAGGCAAUUGAGCGUCUGAAGAUGCUCCAAAUGGAGGACCUUGGGACGCUUAGAAGAGAGUAUAUCUCGACUGUAGACACCAAGAAAUUCAGGAAUAUUCGCUUGGAGGAUAUUGAAGCCACGCGAAUGAUAAAUGUUGCUGGAUCAGACGCUGCGCGUCUGGCCAAAGCGAAUCAAGCACGCCUCAACGCUUGGACAAAUGCACACAAGGAUUUAGGCGACCCCGCCGAUCAAGAGCCGUUAGAUCAUCUUCUGAACGGCCAGAGCCACCGUCUUGGACUGCGCGCCGUGAUAGAAGGGAGUGGUGGCCAGUCUUACUCAAAAUCAACCAAGAAGAAUGACAAUUUCCUUCAGGCUGCGGAACAUGCUCCGAGCGGCCGCUCUGCAUCGACGAGAGGCUCCAAAUUAACCGGCCGUGGCGGCGGUGUCAUCGGUACAAGAGGUUGUAAGACAAAGCAGACCUCGCCAAACACUCAGACAAGAGUCACACACCAAGGCGCCGUCGCAAAGCUGGGCAACCACGUGGUCCAGUCCCCUCACGCCAGGAAGCACCUGCAGGAUCCUGCUCUUGAUAUUAAUAAUGAACCGCCGAAGAAGACUCGGGGGGUAUCUGGCUCGAAGUCGCAAACAUUUGUUAAAGGUGGCGGGAAAAAAGAACUCGUUCUUCUCAAAACUAGACGGCCUGUUAGCAAUACCGAUUGGUCGAGAGUCCUCAGCCCUCCUCAGGACUUUCUUUCUAUCGCGCGCGAUCGUCUGGUCAACGCAAGGGCUUCGAAUGUCCCAACAGCUGUUGGUAGCAAGGGCUCUGAACAAACUCAAGUCACAGUCUGCCAGCGUGAAUCGCGGGCCGUUGAUCACGAAAGUUCCCAAUCUAUCAACCAACCUGAAGAGAUCAAUGCGGGCCGAGCAUACGAGGACUCCAUCGUUUCUUUCCGUUCAGACGGAGAUUCAGUGGUAAUCGCUACGCCUGUGUCCUCUAAUAAUGGUCAACCCGCACAGGUAAGCCUAGCCCAGGCAGCUCAUACAGCGAGCGAAAGAGACCAGCGGGUUGAGCCCAGGAGACUACAUUUCCCACAGCAAGAGAAACCACAACAAGACAAACCCGCCCCUGAGAAAUUAGACGACAAAGCGGAAGUUGGGAAGCAAAAUCAAGACGACGAGCUGGUCGAUGUCUCAUCGCAGCCGUCCAGCUCAACACCAGUCGUACAGAGCAAAGAUAUCUACUUUCUCAAUGUCCAAGCCGAGGGAAGGACUGGAAUUCUCCUUGACUUCAAUUCCACUCCUCCAAGCAAGAGUCUUCCGGACGCGGAAGAUGGCUUGUCGAUGAGUUCAGCCAUGCAAGAUUUGGAAGGCAUCAAUUUUCAAGCAAAUUUCGCACAGAGUGUUCUUUCGAGGCCAGAAAUGCAGAUACACUCCCUCAUCAAGUCUGAGCUAGUCGGUUCGAAUGACUCCUCCAGCCUGAGGAGCGGAGAAAGCACAGGUGAUACGACGACCUCUACAUCCGAUGAUACACCAUCCGAUCUGGCUGCCCUCCGAGAAAAGCUCGCGCGCCUCUGCAAAUUUGUGGAGGAAACAUUGCGCCAACAUGUGCCCGAGCCGCUCCGAGAUAUGGACUUGCAAGCUCUCAAGAAGUACGAACAAGAGCUCAAAGACGUACUUUCCUUGCACCAACGAACAGUCAAGGAAGCUGCCUCACAGACUGCCGAAAAGCGGCAGGAAAUUCUCUCCUCUCACAAAUCCCAGGGAACAGAAGCUGAAAAAAUCAUGGAAGGAGAACAUUCCAAGAUAUUAUCCCCCACACCGUCGGUCUGCUCUCCUCCCGUGGGAACUCCUCUUGAGGAAAGUAAUAGUAGACUUAGUCUGCCUCCUGAGGACACCCCUAGUCCGUCUAAAUUCAAUGUGCAAGCGAAGCCGUUCGUUCCGAACGUUGCUGGCAGGAAUUCCAGUUUCAGCGGAUGGCGUGAUACUAAGAGUAGCCCUCCAAGCUCAACAACCUCUGAGUCACGAAAUGGCCAGUCUCAGCAUUCUCGCCAGAAUAGUCAAGACCAUAUGCCUAUUGAUUCGAUCGGUUCGGUUUCUCCACGAUUUACAUCUCAGCCCCCACCGCGCGGACGUCAGGCCAGUGAGGAUCAGGAUCAUAUCUUUGGUGAUCAUUUAUUACCCGGUAGGGGCAGACCCCAUGAACCGAAUGAUUCUUGUUCAAAAUUAUCGACUCCAACCAAGCCACAAGCCUUUACUGUGCCUAGAGCCAGACCUUCCGUCCCCCAAAGCAUAAACAAGUAUGAACCAUCAAACUUGAAAUUCGUCAAGAUCACUAAUGUGUCGUGCAGUGCCGGUGAACCUUCUCCGAAGCUUGUCGGGUUGGCAACCACUGGGCCAGGGACCGGGGCCAAUGGUGUGAAGCCAAAUUCAGUCUCAGGCCAAUCUACUCCUACUCCUCGGGCAGUCAAAGCAAUGGAUACAGCUAUUUCAAGGGUGAAUGCAUUGCAAAAGUCUAUGCAUGCUCCAAAGGCGCAAGAGAAUCCCCCGACCAUGAGAAAUCCCAGUGCCUCACCAUUCGGCGGCCUCGGAGGCUCGAUCUAUGCGACCCCCGUGGCUCAAAAGCCUAUUACCCCAGCCCCCGAGAUUCGCAAGUCAAGUGGCCUUGAAGGCUCGAGGUGGGCAAGUUCUGAGACUCAAAAACCACUACGUUAA